AGAUGAGAUUAGUAUUUUGGGUUAACUGCCUUGUAAAUAGAAGAAUUUAUCUAAAUAUGUCAUUAUGUGAUUUGAUUAAUCAGAUCUUGUUCUCUUUCUUCAUCAAUCCAUCAAGCAAAGAGAAGCACCGGUGUGGUGUUUUCUUUUGCUUUUUUUCAUUGAUCCGUUUAGCUUCAUGGGAAUUUUAUUUUCUAGAAAUGUUUCUUUUAAAUUUUUCUUGCCAUUCCUUUUUUUCAAUAGAAUUUCUGGGAACUUAUUCCCCAAGGAACUCCAGAAUAUGGUGUGUAUGGUAUCCCGCACCGGUAGAGAUUUGCAACGCUACGAUGAUGAUGGUUGUCGCCAAAUCGUCGGAUGCAUUCCAUAUAGAUAUAGGAGAAAAGGAGUGCAUAAGAAUGAAAUGGAGGUUCUGGUGAUUAGUGCUCAGAAUGGAAAUGGAAUGCAGUUUCCAAAGGGAGGUUGGGAGAUUAAUGAAUCCAUGGAGCAAGCUGCUUUAAGGGAGACCAUAGAGGAAGCUGGAGUUAUGGGAAAUAUUGAAAGUAAAUUAGGUAAAUGGUCUUAUAAGAGCAAACGCCAAGAUGUAAUACACGAGGGUUAUAUGUUUUCUUUGCUUGUCAAGAAGCAGUUAGAUAAUUGGCCAGAGAAGAACUUCCGGAAAAGAAUUUGGAUGAGUGUUAGUGAAGCCAAAGAAGUUUGUCCAUAUACUUGGAUGAAGGAGGCUUUGGAUGUAUUGGUCAACAAGCAACCUCAAUAUUAAUCCCAUUAAAACACCCUCAAGAUGUAACUUAGUAGUUUCAAAAGUGGAAAUUAACUUUUCGAUCUUUUCAAAAAUUCGGUAUUUGCAAGGUAACAUUCAAGAUUUUAGGAUCGAUAAUUCAAAUUCAUUGAACAACACUCAAAAUAACAUGUAAUUCAUUCUCUUAUUAUUCACCAUUUUUUUUAUCCUCGCUUCUUGUUUCAGCGGCCUGGCAAUGAUCAUUGUCAUUGUUAUAAAGGUCAUUCAUCCGGUAUAGCACCAAAUAUUCAGUUUGUAGAAUGUAGCAGUUAAGGGAUGAUCUUGCAAAUCUAUCUCAAUCUUAAAUUAAUGUACAAAAUUAACACAUUAUUUCA